ACAGGGCCUUGUCUGUCCAGAAUUGAGGGUUCUGGAACAGAACAGAGCCUUGGAGGGGGGUGCGUGGCUGUCCUCGCGCUCUCUCGCUUCGAGCGGCCCACACCAUGUACCACGGCCACGAUCCACCUCUGCAGCAUGACUUCUACCAUUAUGGAGGAGGAGAGGAAGGGGACAACGAUGGGAUCAUCUUGAGCACGGCGCAGCUCGACUGUCGGUUGCUGCCCGGGGAGCUCAUAAUCGCACACAUCGCACGUCAACAUGUCCUUCAGGCCUCAUGGAUUAUUCUGAAGGUGGCUCUGUUUUCGGAAGAGGAGGAGGAGGAGGAGGCGGAGGAGGAGGAGGAGGAGGCGGAGGAGGAGGAGGAGGAGGAAGAGGGAGGGGAGACACGCGGAGGAUUGGAAAGGGCGGGAGGGAAUGAGUUGAAUGAAUACAGGAUCCGCACACGCCAACAGCAG